UCCUUUUCCCGCCCGAGCUGUUGCCAUGCAAAUGUUAUUCCUGGGCCGAUCACGUGUCCUUUGAAGGGCCACGUGGAUUAACAAAGCUGAUCUGCCCCCAGCUCGCCCCCCUCGGCUGCUAAUUUUUUUUUUUUCUUAACUUCUUUAAAACUGAUCUUGAAUGCAUACAUCCCCCAAACGCAGCUCCCCUAAUCCUAUGGAAUAAUUCAACUCGUGAAUGCACUUGGAGCCCUAGAUGACCGCUUUAUAAGGCAGCCCUCGGAGUUGGGAGGCUGCAGUCUACCUGGGACACUCGAGGAGGCACACGAGGCGGAAAAGUGGACGGGUGCCCCGCGCCACCGCCUCUCCCGAGGGCGCGUACUGACCAGGAUGUCAGACAAGCUCAAGGAACGCAAAGUGAGUCGGCUGAGCCCAAAUGGCACUUGCGCCCUGGUGGUGGAGGCAUCUGACUCACCGACCCGCCACUUGGGUGGACCGAUGGCAGGGAAGUGCCCGCACGGGACUUUGAGUGUGGAGGAAUCUCGAGUGAGAACCCCCGUUUCUCAUAAAGUGAUAGAAAAGCGGAGGAGGGACAGGAUCAACCGCUGCUUGAACGAGCUGGGCAAGACAGUGCCCAUGGCCCUGGCGAAGCAGGGCGAACCUCAGGAGGCUCUGGCGCAGAUCCGCAGCCGCGUCCGCUCGCUGGUCCUCUCCAGCGCCACAGUGCCCGCCCAGCAGGCGCUGGGCCGCUGCGAGGGGCCCUUCCUCCUUUUGCAGAGUUCCGGGAAGCUGGAGAAGGCGGAGAUCCUCGAGAUGACCGUUCAGUACCUGAGAGCACUGCACUCCGCUGAUUUUCCCCGGGGAAGGGAAAAAGCAGAACUUCUAGCGGAGUUUGCCAACUACUUCCACUAUGGCUACCACGAGUGCAUGAAGAACCUGGUGCAUUACCUCACCACGGUGGAGCGGAUGGAGACCAAGGACACGAAGUACGCGCGCAUCCUCGCCUUCUUGCAGUCCAAGGCCCGCCUGGGCGCGGAGCCCGCCUUUCCGCCGCUGGGUUCGCUCCCGGAGCCGGAUUUCUCCUAUCAGCUGCACCCUGCGGGGCCCGAAUUCGCUGGUCACAGCCCGGGCGAGGCCGCUGUGUUCCCGCAGGGCUCUGGUGCCGGGCCUUUCCCCUGGCCGCCUGGCGCGGCCCGCAGCCCCGCGCUGCCCUACCUGCCCAGCGCGCCAGUGCCGCUCGCUAGCCCAGCGCAGCAGCACAGCCCCUUCCUGACACCGGUGCAGGGCCUGGACCGGCAUUACCUCAACCUGAUCGGCCACGCGCACCCCAACGCCCUUAACCUGCACACGCCCCAGCACCCCCCGGUGCUCUGACGCCCACUCGCCCGCCAGAUUUCUCCUCGCUUUGGGCGCUGUUUAGGAGAAAUGCUGUAUAUAUUGUACACAUAAUGUGUAAAUAUUGUACCCCAAAAAAACUGGGCUGGGGGAGGCAAAGAGCGAAUGAGUCUUCUGAAGGAUCUCUCCCUGGUAAUAAACGUUUUCUGAUAAAGACCCAAAGAGAGGGAUUUAUGUAUUACCUUCUGCUCAUCCACACCCGUCCCCUCCGCGGUGCCCAGGGCGCAAGGCUGACAGGGUUCAAGGUAACAGCCCUCAGUAACUUGGUGAGGGGCCCGCUGUGGAGUCUGAGGGAGGGGGACGUUAAAUGGAGGUUCAGGCAGAUAUUCUAGGCAUCGCUUAAGGGCGGGAUUCGCGGCUCCCUGCACCCGCCCCAUCUUGAGCAUUAGCCUCAGAGAAACAGGGGAGGCGAAGAACACUGCCCUUGGCUCUCACGAAAAUGCAAAUUGAAGGACCUGCCCCAAACUGACUUAGGCGGACUGUUGCCAGCUGCGACCCGGGCGCCCUCCCUACCCGGAGCCAAGUGCCCGACGCGCGCGCACCGCACGCCCGCGGGUCUGGAAUGCGGCGAAACCCGGGCCAGCGGGGCGCGUGGCUGAGUUUACAGAUUUAAAAAUCCUCUAAAAAAUACCGGAACCAAGUACAGUUCUGAGUUGCGGAUUAGAAACAACAUCGUUGAUGACAACUACUCAGCGCCAGAGGCUUCCGAGAAGCUGGCGUUGCCUUUUGCGCACAGAGCAGGCCAGCUUCGGGGGCGCUGGGCGUCUCGGCGAGAGGUCGGCACCUGCCGGGUUGGGAGACGCCCCUUCCCCACCCCUUAGGGGAUUGUUCCCUACCCGCCAUCCUUUACCAUUCGGACACUGGUGCAGGAUGGAGACCCUGGGGUCUCCGUUUAAGUUCUCAGGCUUGGAGAGAAAAGUCCUCCUUAUCCUUUCCCCAGUGAGAUUUUUUUUUUUUAUCUCGCCCCACCCAGAACGUGGUGAGGAAAGUUUGGAAUCCAGGAGAGACUUGGCUAGUGGUCUUUUAAGGGAUUGUGAUUUUCAGUUCCAGGACAUCUGUGCCCUACCCACAGCGAUGCAUCUACAACGGCAAAAGCUAAAAUCCUGUUUCUGUAAGACUCAAAGGGCAAAAUAGGGCUCCCCGUUGUUUCAUGUAAAUAGGUAAAAUAAACAAUGUAUCCAA